UCAUCUAUUGAUACGAUUAGAAAGUAAAUUUAUAGAACUUUGGCGCGCACUUGAAUUUUAGUGGCGCAGGUGCUAUAAUGUGUGUAUAAAAUCUGAAGGCGGAGAAGAAGAAACCAUACUCCGAAACAAUGCAGCGAAAGAGAAAGAGAGAACACGAGAAUGAAGAAGAUUUGAGGAGUGUGGUUCGUGACAUAUUUGCAGAAGGCAAACAGCUUCUGAAUCCAGAAUUUUUUUCAUUUCUUUCUACGGAUGAAGGGUCAUCGAAGGAAAUGAGUGAGAAGAGUCGCAAAAAGAAGUUGAAAAGUGAUGAUAAUGAUGGAAAAUUCAAAGUUUGAUUAUCUAUUGGAUGCAGUGUGCAUGUUUAGUCGUUACGAGGAGGAUUGCUUGAGAAACAAGAAACGUGAGAAAAGCGAAAGCCAACCUCGUGAGUUGCCAAGGAUGUUCAAAGAGAAGAUAAAGGAACUGAAUGGGUGUGAGGAGAAGUUUGUGAUGCAGAAGGAACUUUUUAAGUCAGACAUUAGUCUAAACAAUGCCCGGUUUUCUAUUCCACCGAAAAAGUUGGUCGACAAGUUUCUGACCGAAACAGAAGAGUCUUUCUUGGAUGUGCGUGAAGAGGAAAACAAGACGGUUCCCAGCAUUCCUGUGUUGGUGUUGGAUCCUUCAUUGAGAGAGUACAACUUGCUCUUCAAGAAGUGGGAUAUGAUGAGAAGUAGUGUCUAUAACUUGGCCACCGGAUGGAACCAGAUUCUUCAUCACAAUAAUUUCAAGGUCGAUGAUACGAUGCAGCUAUGGUCCUUUAGAGUCUCUUCUCAGCUUUGUUUUGCACUUGUCAAGCUCUGAUCAUCCAUUAGAUAUCAAGGCAUUCCCCCAGGCCAUGCAACACAUUCUUGUUGUUUCAACUUUGUUGUCUAAUAUAGUUCUCUUCUAGGCAUGUUUAUUUAGUUUUUAAGUUCAUUAUCAAGAAGUAUUUCUGUGGAACACCAGAACUAAUAUUUUUUAAAAACUUGAUU